CAGGUUGCACUUGUGUACUCCCACAAGUCGGCUACGUGACGCGUAACUGCGCUUACGUAGUCGUGACGCAACAGUCUCGCGUGAUGAGAUGUGUGGCGUCGGGAUUUCUCUGUAAGACAAGAGGCAUGGAACGCCAGAGGCUGUCAGGAUGGCACUUUCUGAUCACAGCAGACAGUUAUUAGAUACACUAAACAAGCAGAGACAGUCAGGCUUCCUGUGUGACUGCACCAUUCUAAUUGGAGACUUCCACUUCAAAGCUCACAGAAAUGUGCUGGCCUCCUUCAGUGACUAUUUCAGGGCGUAUUUCAAGGACUCGUUGGACAGCAUUGUACUCUUGGAUCAGAUCAAAGUGACACCGUCUGGAUUCCAAACACUCCUGGAUUUCAUUUACAGUGGGAAUUUAAAUUAUGAUAGUUGUAAUUUAGAGGAGAUAAAUCUGGCAGCACAACAUCUGAGAUUAGAGGAUGUAGUUGCAACAUGCAGAACCAAAAUUGAAUCUCUUGUUGGAUUGACCAAACCCAGUGUUACACAUUUGGCUCCUACAAGCAGUAGUCUCGAUGAAAAUGAAUAUUUCACUUCUCUGUAUCCUAGAGAGGCUAUGAAAGUGGACGCAAUAGAAAUCUCUUAUUCACAGAGCAAAGUCAAGAAAGGGAUUAAAGGAAAAAAAUCACAGAAAAUUAAACGGUGGAAAAGACCAUUGCGUUCUCAUCAACAUGUUAAGAAAAAAUCAUCUAAGUGCCAGCUUUCUUCUCCAAAGACCCCCGCUGUUCUCAGUUUGGAUGCAAAGGAGCUUGAACUGAUGGCGGCAGACCAUGUUGCCAAAGAUAAUACUUGCUUGCUGUCCUUUACAUCAGAAAUAGACUGUGAGAUCUUCCUGUCACAAAAUAUUUCCUUGGAAACUGCAACCAUGACACAGCAGAAGCCAGCUAAGUUGCAACAGGACUGUGCUAUGAAAGAACACUGCAUAUCAAAUAUUGCAGAUAUAACCAACGUGUGUACCAUGGAGGGCUGUGAUAAAGAACUGGAUCCGAAAUAUUCCAAAAAUAAACCUGUGUGCAACACUUGCGGCAAAGUGUUUUCUGAAGCCAGCAGCCUGAGGCGGCACAUGCGAAUUCACAAAGGUGUUAAACCUUAUGUGUGUCACCUAUGUGCAAAAGCCUUUACCCAAUGUAACCAGUUAAAAACACAUGUUAGGACCCAUACAGGGGAGAAGCCAUAUCAGUGCAAAAAAUGUGACAAAGGCUUUGCUCAGAAGUGCCAGUUGGUGUUCCACAGCCGGAUGCAUCACGGAGAAGAGAAACCAUAUAAAUGUGACGUGUGUAAUCUACAGUUUGCAACAUCCAGCAAUCUCAAAAUUCAUGCAAGAAAACACAGCGGAGAAAAGCCAUAUGUCUGCGACCGAUGUGGCCAAAGAUUUGCCCAGGCCAGCACUCUGACAUACCAUGUUCGGCGUCACACUGGAGAGAAGCCUUAUGUCUGUGAUACCUGUGGAAAAGCAUUCGCCGUUUCAAGUUCUCUAAUAACCCAUGCGAGGAAACAUACAGGGGAGAAGCCAUAUAUAUGUGGAGUCUGCAGGAAGAGUUUUAUUUCUUCGGGGGAGCUUAAUAAACACUUCAGGUCUCAUACAGGAGAAAGGCCAUUUGUCUGUGAAGUGUGUGGAAAUUCAUAUACUGAUGUUAAAAACCUGAAGAAGCACAAGUUAAAAAUGCACAAGGGAAGUGAAGAGGCUAUAGAAAUGAAAUCAGCGGAGAACUCAAGUAGUAGUGAGGAUUCCACCAGGAAGAGUCCAGAGCCGGAAAGCCUGGAGUUGAAGCCUUCUGAUUUGUUUUUGCCUCUUACUCUGCAUAUUAGCCCAGACGAUCCCCAAAUGUUGCUGCCUGUGUCAGACAAUCGGGGUCUUUCUUCAGAAACACUAUUAAGGGCAUCCGUGCCCAGCUACUCGGAACCCCAGUUCAUUUUUUUGCAACAGAUGUACUAAACAUAACAUUUCUGUAGGAAAGCACUAGUGACAUAUACAGUAGUAUUCGUAUGUGAUAAACAUUGGACUCAAGGCAGCAUUAAUGGAAACAGUUUGCAUUUUUGUGCGUUUGCAACACCCGAAGAACGUUGUAAAGGAGAAGUAAAGCUU